GAGGAGUUUGUGCAUCAAAUCCUUUCCCUCCUCAAGUUUCAAGCCAAAAUUCUCUCAUUUUCGUUACCCACAAAAUCUAAUCCAAGUCUUUUAGUGGCCAUCAAGAAGCACCUCUGUCUUCCAUGGCUACUCCAACAUUUCCAUCAUCAUCUUCUGAAUCUCGGUGGGAUUACGACGUCUUUUCAAGUUUCAGAGGUGAAGAUACUCGCAAGAAUUUUACUGAUCAUCUCUAUUCCGCCUUGGUGAGACUUAGAAUCCGCACCUUCCGAGAUGACGAGGAGCUUCCAAGAGGGGAGAACAUCUCUACUGAACUUCUCAAAGCUAUUCAAAGAUCAAGGUUUUCGAUUGUAGUUUUCUCCAAAGGCUAUGCUUCUUCCAGGUGGUGCCUCGAUGAACUUGUGGAGAUUGUGCACUGUAAGAAUACCAUAGGCAGCACUCUCCUUCCAGUAUUUUAUCACGUGGACUCCUCGGAUGUCCGACACCAGAUCGGAACUUUUGCAGAAGCCUUUGCUAAGCAUAAAAAGCGCUUUCAAACCGACAUGGAGAGGGUGCAAAGGUGGAGAGCAGCACUUACUGAAGCUGCAGAUUGUUCCGGCUGGGAUCUCAAAAGCGUUGCAAAUGGGUAUGAAUCAAAAUUUAUUGAGAUGAUUGUUCAAGAAGUUUUGUGUAAAGUGAACCCUACUCACUUAAAUGUUGCCAAGCAUCCAAUAGGCAUAGAUUCUCAUGUUAAAGAGAUGAAAGUUUUAUUAAAACUUGGAACAAGUGACGUUCGCAUUGUGGGCAUCUAUGGGAUGGGUGGAAUUGGCAAAACAACCCUAGCAAAUGCUGUCUACAACGAAAUAUGUGUUGCAUUUGAAGGAAGUAGUUUUCUUUCAAACCUUAAAGAAAGUUCAGAAAAGCCCAAUGGUUUAGUUCAUUUACAAGAACAACUUCUUUAUGAUAUCUUGAAAACAAAUUUGAAGAUUGACAAUGUUGAAAAAGGAAUCAAAUUGAUUGAGGAAAGACUUCGUCGCAAAAAAGUUCUUGUUAUUCUUGAUGACGUGGAUAACUUUGAAAAACUACAAUUGUUAGUCGAAAAAAAAUGGUUUGGUAAAGGAAGUAGAAUCAUUAUAACAACUAGAGAUGAACAUCUAUUAAGUCAAUUGGGAGCAGAUGAAAAAUAUAAGGUCAGAGAAUUGAAUCAAUGGGAGUCUCUUCUACUGUUCAGUUGGCAUGCCUUCAAGAUGGCCAAUCCAAAAGAAGAUUAUUGGGAUCUUUCGAUUGAAGCAAUGGUUUAUGCGGGAGGACUUCCAUUAGCUUUGGUUGUUUUGGGUUCUUUUCUUGAAGGAAGAAGCAUUACUGAAUGGCAGAGCACAUUAGAAAAAUUACGAAAAAUUCCACUUCACGAUAUUCAGAAAAUACUUAGAAUAAGCUUUGAUUCAUUGGACCGUUAUAAUCAGGACAUAUUCCUUGAUAUUGCAUGCUUCUUUAUCAAUAUGGACAAAGAAUAUGUCAUCAAAAUACUUGAUGGUUGUGAGUUUUAUCCAAAUAUUGGUAUUCGUGUUCUCAUUGAUAGGUCACUUGUGACAAUUGAUUUCCAAAACAAGUUGAGGAUGCAUAAUCUAAUUCGAGAUAUGGGACGGGAAAUUGUUUGUGAAGAAUCACCCAAAUAUCCAGGAAAACGGAGCAGGUUGUGGUUUCCCGAGGAUGUCUUAAAUGUACUACGCAAGCAUACGGGUUCGAAAAAAGUGGAGGGUCUCAUCUUCAAUUUUCAUGUACCGGAAAAUGUAGAUUUGAAAACUGAAGCAUUUAAAAAAAUGAAGAAUUUGAGAUUGCUCCAAAUCAAUGAUAUACAUCUCACGGGAUCCUAUGAAUAUCUCUCUAAAGAGCUGAAAUGGCUUUGUUGGCAUAAGUGCCCUCUGGAAUUUCUACCACUAAAUUUUCAUCUAGAGAAUCUUGUUGUGCUUGACAUGCAGCAUAGUAAUGUCAAACAAAUCUGGGAGGAGAAGAAGAAAAUAUUCAACAACUUGAAGGUCCUCAAUCUUAGUAAUUCUAAAUAUCUCACCACAUCUCCAGACUUCUCACAAGUCCCACAAUUGGAGAUAUUAAUACUCGAAGGUUGCACAAGCUUCGUUCAGGUUCAUGAGUCCAUUGGAUAUUUGAAAAGACUCGUUUCAUUGAAUUUAAAGAAUUGCACGAACCUCAAGGACCUUCCAAGAAGCAUUAUUAAUUUAGAAUCUCUUGAAAGUCUUGACUUAUCUGGCUGCUCCGCCCUUGAAAGAUUACCGAUGAGUCCAAUGAGUCCUUUGGAAUUGAAGAAUACGAAAGUUUUUUGGAAUCUCAAAACUGUAUCAUUAUCUGGAUGCAGCCGUCUCACUGAAUUACCAAACUUCUUACCUUCCCCACAUCUAGAGAGUUUGAUACUUGAAGGCUGUACAAGGUUGGAGGAGGUUCAUGAGUCCAUUGGACUUCUAAAAAGACUUGUUUUGCUAGAUUUGCGGAGAUGCGAGAAACUUCGCAGUCUUCCAAGAACUAUCUCUAACUUAGAAUCCCUUAAAACUCUUAACUUGUUUGGCUGCAUAAGACUUGACAAGUUACCGAAGGAAUUGGGAAAUAUGACAGCUUUAAUGCAGUUGUAUGCAGGCAAAACUGCUAUUAAGUAACUACCAUUCUCCUUUAGUCUUUUGAAGAAUCUCGAAUUUGCAACCUUUCUUGAAUGUGAGUAUCUCAUUGAAUCACCGGAGUUCUCAGAAGCCUCACGUCUGAAGACACUGAUACUUACUGGUUGUAAAAGGUUGGUUAAGGUUCACGAUUCUAUUAAACAUCUAAAAAGACUCUCUCACCUGAGUUUAAUGGGAUGUGAAAACCUUACAAAUCUUCCAAGCAGCAUUUGUAACUUGGAAUCUCUUAGAAUUCUUGUGUUGACCGGGUGCUUUAAGCUUGACGAGUUACCAGAGGAAUUGGGAAGAAUGGCGGCUUUGAGGAAUCUUUCUGCAAACGGAACUGCUAUAAAGAAAUUACCACCCUCGUUUGGUGGUCUGAGGGAUCUUGAAAGCGUAUACUUGUCUGGAUGUGGAGGACCAUCCUCAUCGUGGAUAUCACCCAAAAACUCCAACACCAUAAGUUCGUUACUUUCCAUUCGUUCAUUGUCACAACUAGAUCUUAGCGGGCACAAUUUGUCUGAAGGUGACAUUCCCAAUAAAUUUGCAUGUUCAUCUUCACUCUCCACGUUGAAUUUAUCAAGGAACAAUUUUCGUAACCUACCUGAUUGCAUCGGAAGCCUUCCUCGAUUAUUGAAUUUGUAUUUGAAUGAGUGUACUAUUCUUCAAUCAAUCUCAGUCCCCGAAGGAGUACAUUUUUUGGAGGCAAAUGACUGCACAUCAUUGGAAACAAUCUCAGUUUCGAAGAACGAGAGUCCACGAUGUUUUCACCUUAAUAAUUGCCCCAAACUGGUUAAGAUUAGUUUGGAGAAUUUGCGACCUGAUUCAGAGGUUUUCAUGGCAAGGUGCAACAAUCUAUCGCCUGAAUUUAGGGAGCGUGUUCUCCAGAUGGAAAGUGGAGACGAAAUAGGGCUGUCCAUCGAUCUUGGGGACAUGAUUGAAGUGAAGAAGUGUGGAAUCCAUCUAGUUGAUGAGCCAAAUGUGACCAGGACAGGCUAUUGGAUCGAACCCCUCAAAUAUGUCCUGGUUGGAUCUGAAUAUGAUCAGUAUUGAGAGCCCAAUUCAUUCCCGGCCCCCGGGCCCCCCAAAUAUAGGGGCUAGAAAGGAUGAGAAACUAUAUAUUUCAUGCUGUCACAUGGCCUCCGGCCACCUCCGUGGGGACCCUGGCCGAGUUCAGGUUUGUCGCCGAACCCAUCAGCAGGAUCUAACCCGCCAUCUCUCGCCAGCCCGGGUGGUACUUCUUCUUGGCCAAUUGUACGGGCAUCGAUGGCGAUGAUCAUUUGGUAUGCUAUAGAUUUGCUUUUCGGAUUUGUUGGUGUGGGAAAAGUUUUAACUGGCCAAGGAACUGAUUUUUUUAUCUUGCUAAUUAAAUCAAUUGCUUCCUCUCCUCUCCCUGUUUAAACCCCUUGAUCGAGGUCCAAAAUUAUGUCAUGGACAUGCUUAAUUAUAGGUGCUUUUUAUUAUUUUGUACU